GUAUGUAUGUAUAUUUGAACUCAAGUUAAGCUUUGUAUAUUUUUAUAACAGUAGCUCAUUAAUCAUGGGUAAUUUCAAAAGGGUUUGUGUCUUUUGUGGAAGUAAUUCUGGGAAUCGAAAGAUUUUCAGUGAAGCCGCUCUUGAUCUUGGUAGACAACUGGUUGAGAAAAAGCUGGAUUUGGUUUAUGGAGGAGGGAGUAUAGGGCUGAUGGGUUUGGUUUCUCAGACAGUUUUUGAUGGUGGGUGUCAUGUUCUUGGAGUUAUUCCAACAGCUCUUGUUCCAAUUGAGAUAUCAGGGCAAACAGUUGGAGAAGUAAUGGUAGUAUCCGAUAUGCACGAAAGAAAGGCAGAAAUGGCUCGUAGAGCUGAUGCUUUCAUUGCACUUCCAGGAGGUUAUGGAACCAUGGAAGAAUUACUUGAGAUAAUUACAUGGUCACAACUUGGUAUCCACGAUAAACCUGUGGGAGUCUUAAACAUUGAUGGAUAUUAUGAUUGCUUGCUGAGAUUCUUUGACAAAGGAGUUGAAGAGGGAUUCAUCAACUCUUCUGAUAGGAACAUUAUCAUUUCUGCAAAAACUGCCAGAGAGCUUAUACAAAAAAUGGAGGAAUAUAUACCGGUGCAUAAUCAAGUGGCUUCAAAGCAAAGCUGGAAUGUAGAAGAAAAUAGAGAUGAAGAUUUGUAGAAGAUUGAUUUCUGUGAUCCCCCAUAAGGAAAUAGGCUUAUUUUUUGUCUGAAAUAUUUACUGAUGACUCUUUGCAUUUAAUUGCCUGCUGAAAGAGGGAUAAUACAUGUAAUACAGAAAACAUUGUUUUCAAAUUUGCAGAAUUACUACUUGUUUAAGCAAAAUGUUUGCAACUGAGGAAUGUGAGUGAGCUCAGUAUGUAAAAGUGUACUUACAUUGCAAAAACAGUGGGAUAACAUCAAAGUAAAAGAAUUAAGC